UCACCACGCGUUUUCGUCGCCAAAAGCUCGCUCGCCUCGCCCAACACCCGUCCCGUCUCACCGAUCCCUCGCCAGGCCUAUAGUGUUCCUUCGUCCGCGCCCCAUGCCUCUUCGUCGGCGGCCCCAACGCAGGCCAUCUCCCCAAUUUCCGCCGCCGCCCUUUCCCCGCCUCCGUGCCGGCGCGGCCUUCCCCAGCCGCUGCGGCUGCCGCCCCCUCCCACCUCCCUCUACUCUCCUGCGCGCGCCGCCGCCGCCGUGCUGUCCGUUUCGCCCACCCCGCGUCCGUUUCCAAAUAAGCCAGAAGGCCCGUUCGUCUCCGUCAGGGAGAAGGACCGUCAGGUUCCAGUGUAACUUCGUCCGCGCCCCCCUGCCUCUUCGUCGGUGGCCCCAACGUAGGCCACCCCGCAGCUUCUAGAUCCCACCUCCAAGGUGGCCGCCCGCGACGAGCAGUUGGGCGCUGGGAACCAUAGGGAGUGGGGACGGGCCAGCGAUGCGAGGAAUCCGAGCUCCCUUGAAUUGGCGCUGAUCGAUGUUGUUUUGGCUACGAAAUUUUGUUCUUCUGUCACCGUCAGUGAUGGAGCUUGAUCUGAAAAUUUGUUCCACUGUCACCAUCGUCAUCAUCGUCAAGCUGCUUCCUCUCUCUUUCUCUGCGGAUGUUGGUGCUGCUUCUCUAUCUCUAUGUGUACACCAAAUUUGCUAUAUACGUUAUCAUGGAAGCACAUUCUCCAAUGUUAGAUUGCAUUACCUAGGUUGUGUUCCUCUUCUUGGAACUUGAUUCCAGGAUUUGUACUUGGAUCAGCUUUUGAUUCCUUGUCUGGCUUUAGCAUGCACUCAUUCAGCUCUUCUUGAAGCGAUUUUCUGGACCUCCCAUGAUAUGUUAGAGUUCUACUUUUAUGUUUCUUUGAUUCGUCGUUGCUGCAAGAUUCUUUUGAUGGAGGACUGCAUAAUUCUGCUGCAGCUAAAUGAUUAGCAGUGUGCCUGAUAUCCUUUAAAUUGUGUGGGGGGUAAUGGCGUGCUGGAGUAUGUCGCUUUCUUCAUCCUGUACCUGUUUACAACCUUUAUUCUUUUCCAUCUUAAUUGGUGAAGGAAUACUGGGAGUUUCCUAUUCGGUUACUUUAGGAACAGUUCAAACCAUUUUACUUUGACAUGUGCCAGUGUUUUCAAGUAUUUGUUGGUGGAUCCAUUUAUCAAGGCAAGGCAACAUAAAGUCUGAAUUAACAUUGAGUUUUCUCUCUAAGGCCUCAGUUGUCGCUGAUGAGUCAGAUCAGUGGCAUACUUAAUGGGCUGUCCGAAAGAUUUGAGUGUGAUAAGAUAAUGGAAGAACACUAUGUCAUUGGUCUCAAGCAGAAUUGGCACAGAGCAUGAGAAGUUUGGUUUUGAUGUUGAAACAUUGCGCCCUAUGACGUAUGAUCAGAUCAGUGGCAUACUUAAUGGGCUUUCCGAGAGAUUUGAUUAGGAUAAGAUAAUGGAAGAAAAUCAUGUCAUUAGUCUCAAGCAGGCUAUUUCCAGUGCGGGGUUACCAGCCUCGAGGUUAUUCUACCGGUGGAAGCUCCAAGUAUGAUAGACCGAUGAGGCAGCCUGUGAAUGAGUCAAAUCCUCGGCCAUUGAUAUAUUACAUCGUCCCAUCUGCCGUUCUUGCUUUUGCUGGAUUAGCCACUUAUGUCCACUACAAUGAUGAAAAACGUAUGGUUCCAUUAGGAGCACAACAGACAAGUGUUCCCAAAAGGUGUACUACCAACAGACCUGCAAUCGGUGGACCAUUUAAGCUCUAUGAUACAGAAAACAAUGUGGUGACUGAAUCAAAGCUUCGGGGGAAUUGGACGCUCAUGUAUUUUGGCUAUACCUCAUCCCCAGAUGCUGGGCCAGCAGAAGUUCAGAAGAUCGCUGAUGUUGUCAAGCUGUUAGAGUCAAAGUAUGAUAUCAAGAUUAAACCACUCUUUAUCACAAUUGAUCCUCAGCGUGAUUCACCUGCUCAGCUUAAGGAAUAUCUUAGUGAAUUUGACCCAAGAAUAAUAGGAUUAACAGGCUCCAUCAGUGCAGUAAGACAGAUAGCACAGGAAUACCGCAUUUUCUUUAAAAAGGUUGAUGAAAUUGGUCAGGAUUAUGUUGUGGAAAGUUCUCACAACAUGUACUUGCUAGAUCCAUGCUUGGAGACAGUAAGAUGCUUUGGAGCUGAAUAUGAGGCAUCAGACCUUGCUGAGGCGAUAACAAUGGAGGUGCAGAAAGCAUCUAGUUCAUCAACAAAUUAGUCUGGGCUGUCUAGAUGUGAUGGUGAAAGUACUUAUCUUCUGAGUAUGAAUUGGACCUAAUUCGACAGUAUUGGCAGUUUCUAAUGUCUAUUAUAGAGCACUUUCCCUACUCCCUGUAUAGCCUUGCCAAUGGAGGGUGACGUGGUGAACCGUUCAUUUAGCCUUGCCUUCAACUGAUUCGGGCUCCUAUUCCUAUUCCUGCUCUAAAAAUUGUACAGUGCCUUGCGCGACUAAUCUUUCUACGGAGUAAAAGAUAACCCUGCAAUUUUGCAAUGCCCGAAAGAUUCUCACGUACUAUUGUGGUCUGACUCACUAGAUGUGCCAAAACUCCAUGUAAGCAGAUUCUGUAGCAUAGGUUCUGCCUUUUGGAUGAACAGGUAAACGGGGAACUUAACAGCACUGCCCCCAUGUUCUGUCAUGUGUAGGUCUCUAGAGAAACAAACAACUGUUAGCACAAGCUCUCUGAUCUGUGAACAAUUUGGCUUUUCAAGUGUUUGCAGCUUGCA